AUGUGUGUCCCCUGGCCCUCUUCGGGUCAAAUUGGCGUCCCACUUCAACUCCCCACUGGAGUGGAUCUGGGAAAGCUGACUGCCAGGGAGCGGAUCCACCUCCUGCUGGACCCUGGCAGCUUUGUGGAGACGGACAUGUUUGUGGAACACAGAUGUGCAGAUUUUGGAAUGGAUGCUGAAAAGAAUAAGUUUCCUGGAGACAGUGUGGUGACCGGACGGGGCCGGAUCAAUGGAAGACUGGUUUAUAUCUUCAGUCAGGACUUUACAGUGUUUGGUGGCAGUCUGUCGGGAGCGCAUGCGCAGAAGAUCUGCAAAAUCAUGGACCAGGCGAUGAUCGUGGGGGCCCCUGUGAUCGGGCUGAACGACUCGGGGGGCGCUCGGAUCCAAGAGGGCGUGAUGUCCCUGGCUGGCUACGCAGACAUCUUCCUGAGGAACGUCACGGCGUCGGGAGUCAUCCCGCAGAUCUCUCUGAUCAUGGGCCCCUGCGCAGGCGGCGCCGUCUACUCCCCAGCCCUCACGGACUUCACGUUCAUGGUGAAGGACACCUCCUACCUGUUCAUCACGGGGCCGGACGUGGUCAAGUCCGUCACCAACGAGGACGUGACGCAGGAGCAGCUGGGCGGGGCCAAGACGCACACCACCAUGUCAGGGGUGGCGCACAGAGCGUUUGAGAACGACAUCGACGCCCUGCUCCACCUGCGGGACUUCUUCAACUACCUGCCGCUCAGCAACCGCGACGCGGCGCCCGUGCGCCAGUGCCACGACUCCAGGUGGUUCGUGGACGACAUCAUCCAGCCGUCCUCCACGCGGGCCCGGAUCUGCCACGACCUGGACAUCCUGGUGAGCAAGAAGGUGCACCGGCCGUGGAGGAAGCACGCCAACAUCCCCCUAGAUGUAACCAAGUCAGCUGGCGUCAGCAUCACGAAGCAGAACGUCGUGGAGCAGCGUGCAGGGGUGCACCACCUCCUCCCAAUGACACCAUUCCCAGGAUGCGACCCGGACUUCAGAGACCUGCACCCUCCCGAGCUGAUCAACCCACGGAGAACUUACCAGAACGCUGCCCGAGGCCACUUGCCAUCAGUGAGUCUCAGUCUCUGGAUGGCGGAGGAUGUCAUCUCUGGUGAUGCCAUGUCUUCCUGGUGCCCAAGGAUUUCUGGAGAGCUGUGGCUUUAUUCGUGGCAACUGCUGAUAUCAGCGAGGGGUCUCCUGGCCCAUGUGGUAGCAGCACCCCCAGCCGGAAGCCAGCCGCCAGGUGGGUCUCGGCACAUUCCUGCUGUCUGCUCGGCCACCAAGAGUGGAUGGAAACAGAAGCCAGGGUGGCUGACUGGAAAGCCUGAGCAAGCCCCGAGCCUUUGCCGUGAAGCCAGGGACUGA